UAUUAUAAAAUCGAUUGGUUAUUUUUUGUAAAUGUUUGCAAUUCGUUUAAAGUGUGUUGUGAAGUUAUCAAUUAGGAUGGUGGUUAACUAAGAAUAGUGUUUCUAAUGUUACGCGAUUGUUAUUUCAUUAUCUCCGAUAUACGCACGCCCACAAUGGAAGGAUUGAAUUCUACAAACCGCUCGUCACUCCGACAUAUCUAUUCAUAGAGUUAACAUUGAAGGACCUUAAAAGCGGACAAAUCGAUCACUUAGAAAAACUUUUUCUGUCCCAUUAGUGUAAUACAUGAAACAUAAGAUAUGAAAGUGUAUAUAGCUAGUUUUGUUUGAACAGUACUUUGUACGUAAGGUCAAAUGUUUGCGAGUCGCAACAAAACGUGUAAAAGAUUCACCUGUGAUAUAAAACUUUAAUACGAAACAUUUCGCUGAUUUCCCAUAGAGCAUACCGAAACCAUGUAAUCAAUCCACUUAAUGGGGAAAUAAUUUCAAAGGAAUCGAUCGAUCGCGACCCAAAGUGGGUCUCGGCCUCCGACACGAGGGAGCACCAGCGUCGUCUGUCCUGCGUCGUCGCCGGCCAGUCGAUCGACUAUAGCUCGCGCAGGCCCAGCUCUACGGCGUCUCGCCAGGAUAUCGUGUGUAAAAUGAAUAUUGUAGAUAAUGGAAAAAUUUACGACACCAACAAAAGACAUAACAGUAGUUGCCAGUGUGUCUAUACCUUUAAAAUAAAGAAAACUAUUAAACUAAAGUUAUAAAAGACUUCGUACUCACGACGGCUUACACUUGCUGCCUGAAAGUGGAGAGAUAGCUGAAGCAUGCGACGUGUUUUGUUGAUACUAUCGCUCGCAACAGCGUGCCUGGCGUACUGCCCGAACCCUGAUACUACUGGCUUUAGGAACAGCGAGUGGCAACCAAAUAAUGUUCUCAUAAAAAUGUUGAACUUCUUUUACGACAGUAUAGCUCUAACCACAGCGGACACUUGUUCACCUCAGAAGCGUUUCAUAUCGCUGUAUGUGUUAGCUAAGACGUACUUCCUGUCGUCCAAUGACACGAACUACGAACGAGCUAUCGCCGAUGGCAGACGUAAAGCAGAGAAACAGCUGAAGCAAACGGCAGCGGCGAUCGCGGGGCCGUUCCGAGGUCUUGUUGAUAGCGUACUCUCUGUUAUUGAUCAGCCUAUGAACGACGUACUAGUUAGCUGUAAACCGGACACCUACCAAGAUGAUUGCAGAGCUAAUCUGAAUGACUACCGAGCGAGGUUCGAAAAGGAAUGCAAAGGAUAUCAUAACAACGUGGCGGUUCAUAGCCGUCUUACCAGAUGGGCAAAUAGACAAGACGCUAUCGACCACACAGAAGACCUUGUACAUGCCAGUAAUACGAUGAGAGGUGAUAAUGCUGUUUUAGAUUACUUCCAGAAGACGUCAGCAGUGAAAUACAAAGACGCCUUAAAAGAACUCCAAGGUAUUGUACAGCAAGUGAAGCAUGGAAUCUUCAAUUGUAAUGCUCUCUCGUUUGUAAAUAUACAUUGCUUGUAGUAGUUUUGUCAAUAAUUUUGUAAUAAAAAUUCAUUUCGGUAAAUUGAUAUA